AUGGCAUCCUCAAUUCGCACCGCUGCCUCAGCUCUUCCCCGCGUCCCAAUGACCCGUAUUCCCCUCGUGGUCUUUGCCAACUCCCAUGUUAGCCCUGCAAGUCUUGCCAGCGUCAACGGUGCUCACCCCAGCGCGUUCUCAUCCAUGACCGCUCACAAGGACACCAAGACUGGUAACACCUGGGUUGACAAUGCCAAGAAGGUGGUUGAAAAGUUAGAGCAAUCUGCUCAGAAACUUGCUGGCACUAUGGACAAAACCACACAAAACUAUUUGAACGAGGUAAAGCAAUUUGAACAUGCGGAAGAUGAUCUCUGGAAGGAUGUGGGACUUGCAGUGAACUCUAAACAUGCACAUGAGAAGGCGACAGCAGCAAACAUGAUGCCAAAUAGCCAUUAUCCCAUAAGUCAUAAUCAAAGCGGCGGCAAGACCAUCAACAACAAUGACAGACUAAUGACAGAAGACGCGACUUCGUUUGAAGACCCUUUUGUGGACCAAAUUCAGGCAGAUGUGAUAUAUUCGGACUCGAAGGUCAAAAAAGAUAGCAUUCAUCAUCAGGAAAUGCUCUAUAGCCUGCUCGAAGAGCUGAAGGCUGACAAGCAGCAGACCAACUUGAGCAAGCAUGCCUCAGAUGCAAUCCGUAUGGUUGAGUCUCAUAACGUGCUGAAGCAGGACAAAGCUCCCAUUCAUGCUAUUCGCGAUGAAGAUCCCAGCCAGAAAGCUACCCAUGCUGACAAGUAA